AAAUUAACUUUAUAUACGAACGUCUUCUCUCCUUAUUCGAGAACUGUUAUGAACAUCCUCGCCUUGCUAGAGAUAGAGCAUGAGGAGUAUGUCAUCGAUCUGCUGAAUGGAGAGCAGACCUCAGAGUGGUAUAAGAAGAUCAACCCUAAGAUGAAGAUCCCGGCGAUUAAGGAUGGGGAUCAUUGAAUGGGAGAGUCAAUUGACAUUUGUAAGUAUCUUGUGGAGACCAGGAAGCUGAAGACUCCUGCCUGGCCUGUGGACGAUCAGGAGAAGAUUGAUCAGAUGGAGAGGGAUCUGGCUAAAGUAGAUGAGCUAGCUUCUGCUUCUGGGAAUGUGUCUUAUAAUUGCUUUUAUAAUCAGUUUGCUGGCAAGAAACUUGCUGGAAAAGAGUUGAAAAAGAAAGUUUUGAAUGAACUUUAUCUUGUGUACGAUCGCUUUGAAGAAACCCUUGCAGAAAGAAAAACUAAAUUCUAUAACUCAGAUGAUCAUCCUGGCCUCCAGGACUAUCUCACCUAUAACUUUAUCAAAUACCUAACUUCAAUCAAGCUAUCCUCUCUAGCCGGAUAUCCUGUGCUUAUGCAAUGGUUCAAUGACUGUGAGAAAGUGCCAUCAAUUGCUGUGGUCUCCACCAGACUUGAAAAGGAGACUGCCAGUCUCCUUUUCAAGAUCAGAUGGAUCAACCCACUCAAGAGAUUCCUCACCUGCAGAUGCUGCUGCAGAAGAUAAUUUCAGAGAAUGAUUUUGAACUGAUCGGGAUCCAAAGAAUUUCG